GCACCCACAUCCUACCAGUUCCUCGUCGGCGAAAAGCUGCGACCAGGCACAGACACGGGGCGGCUUUAUCGAUCUGCGCUGCCGUCCUUUUGCUCUUCUGCUGUGCGUCAGGACACCCAGCGGUGGGAAGGGCCUCGAUUCUCAGAGCGCACACAGCAGGUGCGUUGUCCCGAACUCCUCCUCGAGUCCAAGAGGAUGGCUACAGGCGGAGGAGCGCCUAAAAACGCCGCCGUUUGCGUUACAGCUGCCAAAGAAAGUGAAAGAUGAAGCCUCUUGUUCUCUUGGUUCUUGUGAUCUGUACUGUAGUCAGCAUGAAUUUGAAGCUCGUGUCGAAGAGAAAUUCUGUUGAUGGUUGCAUUGACUGGUCAGUGGAUCUCAAGACAUACAUGGCUUUGGCAGGUGAACCAGUCCGAGUGAAAUGUGCCCUUUUCUACAGCUAUAUCAGAACUAAUUAUAGCAUGGCCCAAAGCACAGGUCUUAGGCUUAUGUGGUACAAAAACAAAGGAGACUUAGAAGAACCCAUUAUAUUUUCUGAAGUUAGAAUGAGCAAGGAUGAAGAUUCAAUAUGGUUUCACUCAGUUGACUUGCAAGACAGUGGUUUCUACACAUGUGUUCUAAGAAACUCAUCGUAUUGCAUGAAGGUGUCCAUGUCCUUGACGGUAGCUGAGAAUGAAUCUGGGCUUUGCUACAACAGCAAGAUCAGAUAUCUGGAAAAAUCAGAAGUUACCAAAAGAAAGACAAUCUCCUGUCCUGAUAUCGAGGAUUACAAAACAGACAGUCAAGAGCCAGAUGUUGUAUGGUACAAGGAAUGUAAGCCAAAAAUGUGGAGAAGCAUUGUAAUUCAGAAGGGAAAUACACUGCUAAUACAAGAGGUCCAGGAGGAAGAUGGAGGAAAUUAUACCUGUGAACUGAAGUUUGAAGGCAAGCUUAUACGAAGAACGGUUGAGCUGAAGGUUACUGCUUUACUCACAGACAAGCCUCCAAAGCCAUUGUUCCCCAUGGAGAAUCAGCCAACUGUUAUAGAUGUCCAGCUGGGCAACCCACUGACUGUGGCCUGCAAAGCUUUCUUUGGGUUCAGUGGUGAAUCUGGCCCCAUGAUCUACUGGAUGAAAGGGGAAAAAUUCAUAGAAGAAUUAGAAGGUCACAUUAGAGAAGGUGAAAUCAGACUCCUCAGAGAACAUCUUGGAGAAAAAGAAGUUGAAUUGACAUUGAUCUUUGAUGCUGUCGAGGAGGCAGAUCUGGCUAACUAUACAUGUCAUGUGGAAAACAGAAACGGACGGAAACAUGCCAGCAUCCUUCUGCGCAAGAAAGAUUUGAUCUACAAAAUAGAACUUGCUGGAGGAUUGGGAGCCAUCCUUCUUCUGCUUAUUUUGCUUGUGACCAUCUAUAAGUGUUACAACAUAGAGUUAAUGCUGUUCUACAGACAAAACUUUGGAGGAGAUGAAGCAGCAGACGAUAACAAGGAAUAUGAUGCGUAUCUUUCAUACACCAAAGUGGAUCCUGAUGCACUGGAUUGUGAUAAUAAUGAAGAGGAGCAGUUUGCACUAGAAAUUCUGCCGGAUGUUCUAGAAAAGCACUAUGGAUAUAAGCUCUUCAUUCCAGAUAGGGACCUCAUCCCUAGUGGAACCUACAUUGAAGAUCUCACAAGAUGUGUUGAGCAAAGCAGAAGACUCAUUAUCGUGUUAACUCCAGACUAUAUUCUCAGGAGAGGAUGGAGUAUUUUUGAGAUGGAAAACAGACUCCAUAACAUGCUAGUCAGUGGAGAAAUCAAAGUUAUUUUGAUUGAGUGUACUGAAUUAAAAGGGAAAGUGAAUUAUCAUGAAGUGGAAUCUUUAAAGCACACCAUCAAACUUCUCUCAGUGGUCAAGUGGAAAGGACCAAAAAGCAGCAAACUGAAUUCUAAGUUUUGGAAGCGCCUAGUCUUUGAAAUGCCAGGGAAGAAAAAGGAGGUGGUGUCUCGGCGUCAGGUCCUGGAUUCUGCGGAGCAGGGCCUUUUUGGAGACCUCCAGACUGUACCCUCUCUUGCCGUCACAGGCACUUCUGCCACGCUGGUAGAGUCGCGGGCUGAUCUAACUGAUUGCCAUCGAGCAGAUUCUGUGCAAAUGAGACAUUAUUGCAGAGGAUACGAAUAUGAUGUGUCAGCAGCAACAUUGCCAAUAGCUUCCAUAAGCAACCAUCAUACAUACUGUAACAUACCUUUGACACUCCUAAAUGGACAGCUACCUCUUAACAGUACCAUGAAGGACUCCCAGGAGUUUCACAGGAACAACCCAUUGCUACCUUUAUCAGCAAGGGAGCUUAGCUUCACCAGUGAUAUUUGGUAGUGAAGAUCAGGAGACUUUUGAGAUGCUUCAUGACUGCCAUGAAGACACAUUUUUAAAGAACUUUGCCCAAACCCCACGGGGCAUCAAAUCAUAUUUGAAGCAGCAGCACACUUAUUUGCUUUUCUACUUGAACUUUUUUGUUUACAUUUACAAAUUACUGACAAAGAGGGCAUUCUUUUGUAAGUCAGCAAUGUCCUUCCUGUCUUUUAAUGUACAGCUUGAUUGCUUCUUUAAAAAAGGGGGAGAAAAAGCACAUCCCGUCAUUCUGCACUUAGGGAUGGAUAGCAGUUUGCUGUGUAUGAUCUCCAGCAUCUGUAUCUAAGUAACAGUAUUUCAAAUACACUGAAGUUGUUGGCUUUUUCGUGUGAACUUCAGUACAGUUUGAAAUUCCAGUAUCAUAUCAUGCUACAGAAAUUAUCUCUGCACAGACCACGAGGGGUUAAUCAUUCAAUAGGAAGGAGGAGGAACUCCUCCCAGUACCGUUGUCUCUCAGAUGCAUUUUAGAAGAUGACGAGCUGAAACAAUGCAGAUGAAGCUUUAUCAAUAAAGUGCACAGUAACACUUCCUAAAGAAUAAAUCACCUGCUUGCAUCAGCACCUCUUCAUUUGUUUGUUGAGACAUGUUGCAUUCCCAGUGGCUGGUUAGCAAUAUGGUUUUGUUAAACAGCUUAUUAGGGAAGGUGUUUGGCGGGAUUUAAAACAACUUUUCUGUGAUUAAUAGAUUAUUUCAGACUUAUUUUUGCAGGUUUUUAAUGACAUUUUUAGAACUGACUGAAGUAUAAAUUUGUCUGUCGGGGAAUGCAUUGAUUUGAAAUUUCCUAAGAUCUCCCGAGCUGUGUUAAGGUUUGUAAAAAGGCAAAAACUUUACACGGUAUUUUUUUCCUCCAAAAUGAACAGUUAAAAUUUCAAAUUAACCUUUUUUUUUCUGAAAACAUCAGCAAUAGAAAAUCAUUCUGCAGCAAUAUUCAGAGAUGAAGUGCUGAAUUAUCCAGGUUUACUAGUAAACUGACUUCAAAUGCAGUGAUAAUCACCUGAGGCAGUUCUCUAUCUACCUGACAAUUUAUGUCCUCUUAAAAUAUGACUGAAGCAGGAAUAUUUCCACUCUGUGCAACUGGUGAAAAGUGAUAUUUUUAAGAAGCUGGUAAAGUCUUGCAUUUCUUCCAUUUCUUCUGUACACACUCCCAUCAGUCAAACGAGGACACUCUCAUUUAUCUUCCGUGGAAAGCACUGAAUCUGAGUUUUGUUCAGACAAGUAUGUUUCAUAAGGAUUUCCAGACCCAGCUGAUCACAGGUUCCAGUCAGACCAUGAAGACAGCCGUACUCAUGGAAAAAGCUGUAAUAACAAAGGCAGAAGCCUUUGGCACAGCUUCACUGAAAACACAGUAGGCAUGAGAGUUUUGUCUCAGUAAGAUCUGCUGCAGCAAGUCCCCAAAAAUGUUUGUAAGGCAGGCAAUCUCGCCUGUAUUUCAAUAUGUUUUUUGCAUUGUCCUCUUUGAUUGCAUGGAUAAAAGUUAGCAUUCUGCACUCAGCUGCCUGUGGUUCCAUCAGCAAACAAGCUCAGUAAAUCUUUAAUGUUUAGUAGUGGUUCCUAAAUUGUACCCUACGGUCAAAGUGAAAACAAACACUGACAUAAGACUUAGAAGUAUCCAGAAUUGGCCCAAAGGCCAUGAGAACGAUCUCACACAUGCAAUAAUUCAUAGAGCUCGAUACUUUUCCAUUGCUUCUUUCCCCAGUACUUUAUUCUGUGCCCUCUUACAUCAGUUUUAUCUGUAAACUUCUCCUUAGGUUCUAAAAAAAUACAUUUCUCCUGUUGCUUUUUCCAGUAUUGUCAUUAUGCAUUUGACACUAACACCACAACGGUUCUCUAGGAAAGAUACUAAUUUAUUACACAGUGUAGGACUAUAACUUGCUCUUUUGUGAAGUUAAGUUCGGAACAUAUUGAUAGGUGUUUAAUAUACAUAUUUUUCUACUGAGAAAGAGAGUGAUUUUACCUCCAUUAUAAAUAUAUGUAUCUCAACCUCCUCCCAGAAAUCUAUGAAAUUUGCACUGUUUUAUAAGUGUUACGGACUGUGUUUACACUGGCUGUGUCCUUUAAUGCAAAAUGUAAUUUUGAAAAAGAACAAAAAAAAGUAAAGAAAACCCUGCAUGAAGAGAGCUGCGUAUGUUUAAAUGAAAAGCUGUACUUUUCAUUGUUUUCCUUUCCACUUUACUUUAGAAUCCGGUUAAUUCACAUAGAAUGUUCAGUGAGAUUUCAAACCUACUAGUUCUGUAUUAAGCAUGCAAACUGCAAAAAAAAAAAGAAAAAGAAAAAUCCACAUACAGAUUGGUCUGCUUCUUUUACUUACAAUGAUUAGAUUUGGAUAGCAAAUUCAUUUACUUGACAGCUUACUCUUAGGGCAGUAUCUAUUCAAAAGCAAAAUGCAGUCAUGUUUGUAUUGAAGUAACAUGAAAAGAACAGUUUUUCUGUCAUUUUGCAAAGCACACUGUGUGUCCGUGUAUCGAUAUAUUUUAGUUAUAGAUGACAAGUCACAAUCUGCUUUAAGAUUUUAGAGUGUGUAUUGAGUACGAUGACAAUAUAUACAUGAAUCAGAACUGCCUGUACCCCUCUGCUUUCAGUGCGGGGAAGGGACUUGAGCUCAGGAGGCCUCUGCUGUCUCAGCUUUGUGUAGCACUGCUGUGACGUGCCGGAGGUCAGACAUCACUGUAGGUAGCGAUGAAGGGCCUGGAAAAGUCCUGCCAAGCAGUGAAACGCAUGU